AUGCCGGAGUUGGAGAUGAAGGAGAGGGAGGUCCCCGAUGCACACUUCACGGUGGACAAGCAGAACAUCUCCCUCUGGCCUCGAGAGCCUCCUCCCAAGCCGGAUCUGUCUCCAGUCCUAAGGAGACCUCUCUGCAUCCCAGCGGCCUUCAUCUGUCUGUUGUUGAUGCUGGUUGCCUCCAUUGUGUUUCAGGCUGUUUUCUAUCCCAGGGUGAUGGACAAAAUAUUGGAUGUGAAGAGUGACGCCCAGGUGUUGAGAGGUCGUGUGGACAAUAUCAGCACCCUGGGUGCUGAUCUUGUGAGGGUCAGAGGCCGUGUGGAGGAGGCUGAAAUUCAGAUGAGGAUAGUGAACACCAGCCUCAGCCAAGUGCACUCUCAGAUCCUGUCUUUGGAAACCAGCAUGGAGUUAGCCCAUGCCCAGAUCGGGGUAUUGACAAGAAGCUGGGGAGAGAUUGAUAAUCUCAAUGCAAAAAUCCCAGAGCUGCAAAGAGAUCUGGAUAAAGCCAGCACCUUGAAUGCAAAGGUCCGAGGCCUACAGAACAGCUUGGAGAAUGUCAACAAGCUGCUCAAAAGACAGAGCGACAUUCUGGAGAUGGUGUCUCGAGGCUGGAAGUACUUCGAGGGGAACUUUUAUUACUUUUCACGCUCCCUAAAGACCUGGUACAGCGCUGAGCAGUUCUGCACUUCCAAGAACGCUCACUUGACCUCAGUGACCUCAGAAUCAGAGCAAGAGUUUCUCUACCGGGCAGCAGAUGGGAUCCCCCACUGGAUUGGCCUCACCCAGGCAGGGAGUGAAGGGGACUGGCACUGGGUGGAUGAGACAGCAUUCAACAAGGAGCAAAGUGGGAGGUUCUGGAUUCCAGGUGAGCCCAACAACACGGAGAACAACGAACACUGUGCCAACAUCAGGGUGUACGCCCUCCAGUCCUGGAAUGAUGCUUCCUGUGACAAUAAGUUUCUUUUCAUCUGUAAGCAGCCCCAAAUCUAAGCAGUCCCAUGACAGUCUGCCUGAGCUCAGCAUUUGCCUGCAACAGUGACCCAGCUUGAAGGGACGCCUCUCCCAUGAUGCUCCAUGAUUGCUCUGUGCCUUAAGUUUUUCGUGCUUGAAAACUGUCCCAAACACAUCCUGGAGUCCAUACAUCUUGGGUGGGAAUUCUCUGCCCCCAGAGGACCUUGUAGGCACUUGGGAUAAAUGGGUGAAUGUAGAAGUCCCUGCUGCCCAGGUGAGGCAGGUCAGUGCCCCGAACAUUUGGUUUGGAUUUUCCUGAUCCUUCUAAGAAGCCUUGGCUGACCAUAUGAAAGCUACACUCAAGCAUGACCAGUGUUUGAGAAGACAGACAUGCGCAAUUUAAACAUAUCCAAUUUAUACAUGGAACACCACAUGGCGCUCCCAAAUAUGUAAAUAUUUAUGUGUCUAUUGCAAAUCAAUGUAAAGGCUUACUGUCUUUUGACAUGUGUGUGUAUCGGUGCCCACAGAGUGCAGAAGAGAGUGUCCAGUCCCCUAGAAUUAGAGGUAUAGAUGUUUCUGAACAAGCUGAUACAGGUGCUGACAUCCAAACUCUGGUCUUCUGAUAGCGAAGUAAGCGCCCUUAACUGCAGAGCCAUCUCCUCAGCCCCACAGAUCUGAAUAGUAGAACGGAAUAUAGAAGGACGCACAGGAAGGUUGAGGUGUGGCUCAGCGGGGGCUCACCUGGAGCUGGACCACAGAGCAGGUGUGUUGGAGCACUGGGAUCCCAGGCCUGAGGAGGUGGAGGUGGGAGAACCAGAAGUUCAAGGUCCUCCUUAGCGACGUAGUGAGCUUGAGGCCUGGCAUGCAUGGUUCUGUUUGGAGAGAGGAGGCCGUUUGCCUCAGGAUAACUAAGCUGCUCUUUCGGGGUCCCUCUAGGUGAGACCACAGUUCCCAUAUGUCUGCUCAGGAGCCCGGUGGGAGCUCUGGGCGUUUCCCACGGGAAUAGCUGUCCUUGGUCACCCUGUCCACGCCGUGUUCUGUCACCUCUGCUAUCCAUGCUCUCUAGCGCUAAUCCAGUGCCGGUUGGGGCUGGUGGGUCCUCUGUCUUCUCUUGAGCUGCCUGCUCAGCUCUCCUCCUUCCUGCCACAGGUCACCACAUGCCCAGUCCUGCACCCACCCCCGCGUCUGGGGCUCCUGCCUCUCCUCUCCACAGUGUUUCCUCUCUUGCUGUGCCCUGUGCAGCCAAACCCUCCUACUUUAACACCUCUUAGCUCGAAACCUCCCUUGGAGCGCAUGUUUUCAUUCCCAGUGGCCACUGUGAACCUGAAAGAACAUGCAAUCUUGGGGUACACUCAGGGCCGGUAAAAAAAAUCAAGAAUAAGGGCAGCCUGGCCCUGGAAAUGCCAAUCACCAUGGUCAGGGCUUAUCUUCAGUUUCUAUGUGAGUUAACAAUGGUAGGGUUUGAAAAGUCUUUUCUGGGAGCUGCUGGGUAGCCUUCUGUGCUCCAGCCCUGGUCCCAGGGGGACCUUUCCCGAGGUCCUCACUCUUCACAGAGGCUGGGUGUCCAGAUACAAGCCAGAAAAUGU